AUGCCACCGAACCACUCAGGCUCGGUGUUCCAUUUUGAGGAAUACAUGGCCACAAAGGAUGAAAGGGUGAACAAGUCUCUGGACGAGGUUGUUCCUCUAAGACAACCACUCAAGAUACAUGAGGCCAUGAGGUAUUCAUUGUUGGUUGGCGGGAAGCACAUUCACCCCAUCCUGUGCAUCACAUCCUGUGAGCUAGUGGGAGGGGAUGAGUCGCUAGCUCUUCCUAUGGCAUGUGCAGUCGAGAUGAUUCAUACCAUGACUCUCAUACACAAUGACCUCCCUUGCAUGGACAACGGUGAUCUGAGACGAGGCAAGCCCACCAACCAUAAGGUUUUUGGGGAAGCCAUAGCUGUUCUGGCCAAGGAUGCACUGUUUUCCCUUGCCUUUGAGCAUGUCGUAGCUAGGACCAUCGAUGUGCCGCCGGAGUUUGUUGUCCAGGUAGAGGCUGAACUGGGUGCAGCAAUUGGGUCUGAUGAACUUGUGGUAAGCCAAAUUGUUGACAUUGCCUGUAAGGGACAACAAGUAAUGGAUCUAAAGGAAUUAGAGUACAUUCAUGUCCACAAGACUGUAAAGCUGCUUGAAGCUUCGGCCGUCUGUGGAAUGAUCAUGGGCGGAGGAAGCAUGGCCGAGGUGGAGAGGGUGAGAAGGUAUGCCAAGUGCACUGGUUUGCUGUUUCAGGUAGUGGAUGAUAUUUUGGGUAUUAGAAAGGUUCCCAAAAUUGAGCUUAUUCCAAACUCUUAG